UGUAGUCGAAGUCAUAAUGUAUCCCGUACGAUAUGAUGUACAAGUCUUGCUUCAUAUGUUGCAAGUCACUAGCUUCAGUUAUAUAUCAUCACUUUAUAUUCUCUUAGCAUAAAAGUUCCCAUCAACCGUGAACAUUUUUAGAAGAUGGUUUGAUGGAAAUAACACCCGGCAAUAUUAGAUUCAAAUACUGGGUUCCGCAUUGUGUCGAUUUCAAUUCUUCAUAUUGUUGUUGGUGUUUACAAGUGCUAACUGAAUCGAAUUGAAGUUAUGGGGUUCGAAGAGACGUUUACGGCUUAUUUGGUGGGGAAGGAUCUGAUCAACAAGAGCUUUCAUUUUGAGUACAAUAGGCUCAAAAAUGAUUUGAACUUUUGCAGGCAUCAUAGACAUAAUGAAGCUUCCGUUGAUUCUCAUGGUGAUGAUUUCAAUCAGACACAAUGCCACAGGUGUGAAUGGAUGUUCACUGAAUUAACAACAAAAGCUACGAAGAUGACUGAUUAUUUUGGUUUGAGAGUCGGGCAGCUUGUUCAUCUUCAUUUCUCUCCUGGUAUGCGAAGAUUCUUAGCAGGCCCGUUUCAAUAUUUCAAAGAUGAUCAUGAAGCAGCACUCCUACACAAAGGAUGGAUGCUAAUCCAGUUUGCUGUUAUGAAUGCUAUCGCACUGAGGAAGAUUCUUAAGAAAUAUGAUAAAGUUCACGAAUCUGAAAGCGUUAUCAACUUUAAAUCCAAACUACAAGCCAAACACUUGGAUAUUAUGCAAUCACCAUGGUUGAUUGAAUUAGUAGCUAUGUAUAUGAAUCUUAAAGGUUCGGACAGUUUGAUCUCAGAUGAGCUUUUUGGUCCACUCUCUUGUGAUCUCAACGUCUCAAAUCAAGGGUCUGCACUGACUUUAACCCUUCUAGGGUCCGAGAAAUUGGAAUGCAAUCUCACGUGUCCUAUUUGCUUGGACAUUGUUUUCCAACCAUAUGCUUUGAGCUGCGGACACAUUUUUUGCAAGUCUUGUGCUUGUUUAGCUGGGCAUGCAUUGAUCAUUGAAGGCUUCAAAUCCGCAAGCCCUGAGUCCAAAUGUCCAGUUUGCCGAGAGAGUGGUGUGUAUGGCAAACCAGUUUGCAUGUCUGAACUAGGUUGGCUCUUAAAACGAAGUAUAUCUCUUAUAGGUACAAAGAUGGAUAUAAGGAGAGAUUAAUUGAAGAAAGAAAAAAGAUAUUGAAGCAAACUAAAGAAUAUUGGGAGUUGCAAACAACUUAUAUGAUUGGGAUGUGACAUUGGACCGUCGGCACGUCACAAACAAGUUAUAUGAUCGGGUUAUCACAAACAUCUCCAAUCCAACAUCACAUUCUAUUUCUAUGUCAUUUGUUUUAAAUCCAAUGUCGUUUAUUGCUCCAAAUGAAUGUAAUUGAAUAAUGUAACACAUAAAUUUGUGUUAUAUACUAUUCAUUUAUAUAACAUUUGUUAAACCUUCAUGUGUAUCCUUCAAGUAUAUGUUUGGUCAUUUCCAAUUAAUGCAGUUAUAUAAAUGUAAUAUUCGUUUAUUUGUAAUAAUACUAUGUAUAUAUUUAAAUUUAUAUU